CCGUGUACGAAAGUUUAUUACAAGACAGAUAUUGAUCCAGGAAGAUAAUGAGACAGUGGAAAAUUAUGGCUAUUUUUACGAUAAUAAUUACACUUUUUGCAGUAUUUUUGGGUGCCUAUGGAGAACCUGACAAGCUAUCUAAGAAGAUCUACCAUACAUUUUCUUCUGGUUAUUCAUAUUGUUUCCGAAGAAUGAAUGGCACGCACCAGUUUGGAUGCACAUCUGCUCCUAAAGGCAAUGUGGGUAUAGUGCACUUCAUCAGGAAUGAGACAGACAUGAACUGGCUCCUUAACUCUGGUCCCCAUGCCCCGUAUGCUGCACUUCUCAAUAAGUCUGAUUUUAACAGGGCCACUGUACAGAAACUGUUGGAUUCGGGUAAAGUCAAUGGUAUUAUGGUAUUGAAUAAUACAGACCAAAUAUUGCCCGAUUCCUUCUCUCCAGAUGAUUCCUGUCCAAAUCAAGGCCAUGGUCUCUAUGCCAAGGACCCUGCUUACCAGUCGUGUUCAAAGGUUCAGUGGAACCAGAAUGCAGAUGGACUCAUGAUGAUGGAUCUCAGUAUUCCUAUAUUCAUCAUUAAUGAUGCAAGUGACACAAAAAUGCUAAUUGAAACUUGCUAUGAAGGGCACAAUCAGCCCCAUGCUGAUGGUUCAGCCAGAGAUUAUCCAUUGUGUGCUGUGGAGCUAAAGGACAGAAUGGAUGGCGCGAAGGACUCCGAGACGUGUAUACGACGUACGCGACACCAGCUUAACCUUGAACCUCAAGGAUACUGUGACCCUCUUGGGGACUACAAUGUCUAUGGAACGGUCAAGGCUUUAAAUAAUACAGAAUCAAGACCAGACAAGUCUGUCAUCAUAGCUGCAGCACGGCUGGAUUCAUUCUCGCUGUUUGAUGGUCUCUCCCCUGGAGCAGACAGUGCCAUCGCUGGUAUCAUCACUCUCUUAGCAGCUGCUGAGGCUAUAGGGAAAGUGAAAGAGACAAUUCAGGCUGCACAACUUUCACACGACAUCAUGUUCACAUUCUUUAAUGGGGAGGCGUUUGACUAUAUCGGGUCGGACAGGUUGGUGUACGACAUGACAAAUAUGGAUUUUCCAAAACCCUCCACAAAGCCAUACUUGUCUCAGAUACACCUAAACCAUAUCUCCCACUUUGUGGAGGUGAGCCAGGUAGCUCACAGGGACGCAGGCAAACUGUGGCUUCAUACAGACCCCCUCACCAAGGACAAACCAGAAGUAAAAGCGCAGCUGGAGCAUCUUGUCUCUUUAUUCCUGGAAGCGAACUCCUCAUUGGUUGCCAGGGUGAACAACUCCAAUCCCCUGCCCCCAGCCUCAGUACAGUCCUUCCUUAAGGCGAUCCUGAAUCAAACCAAUCUAAUCUUUCCUGCAGUUGUACUGGCAGACCAUGAGACUGUCUACACAAACAAGUACUACAACAGUUGGUUGGACCUGCGUUCUGGUAUCAACCUUAAUUACACAGGAGACAGCACCACCUGGUACGAUGAGGAUACUCAAGUGGCUACAGAUCUCACUGAAGCUGCCGACAUGGUGGCCAAGGUUCUCUUUAAGUUAGCGAUGAACGGAACACUGAAUGAAACAACUGUCUCUGCAAACAAGACUACAGUGAAGCAUCUCCUCUACUGUUUUCUGGUGCAGGCAAACUGUACCAUUUUGAAAGACAUUUUCGAUGAAGAUUUUGCUAAAAAUCUACCUUAUUCAACUUACCCAACCUAUGUCAGUGUUGCCACCAGUUUCAAUGACUUUACCAAUGUUGUUCAGCAGCUUCUGAUAUCCUUCCUUGGAGAAGUAAGAUAUAACGCCACCAAGGAGACUUGCAGAGAUAAUGAUCAAACGGUGUACAAGUAUGUGUGGAUGCAGGGUCAUGAAGAUCACAAUGGAACAAGAAAUGAGAGUUUCUGUAUGCGAGCUGCAGUAAAUGUUUCUGAUGCUGCCUCUAAAGCUUUUGAUAUCCAUGACUACGAUUACAAAUCGGGCCAAUACAGUACCUGGACCGAGAGCCGGUGGGCAGGAAAUGCCAUGAGUAUACGACUGUUCCUGAAACCCAGCAAGGCAUUUGAGACCAUGGUGCUCAUCAUAGGUCUGGUGAUUCUUCUGCUGUCUCUGCUCCUAUCGUACUUCGUGAACAAGCGUGUGGGCGUGCUGUUCCCUCAUGUUCCAACCGAUCGCCCCCAUGUAUCAUACCAGGCCGUGGAAGAGUCCAGUCUCAACGAGUCCACACAAUUAUGAGAUAUGUUUGUCAGGGACACAGUAUUUUAUGUGCUUAUAAUUAUGAUUCAAACUCCUGUAUUACAAAUGCAUUUUAUUUGUUUCCUAUACAUGUCUAGGACAAAAUAUGUAAAUGUGCUUUUCUUUAUGAGUUAAGCUUGUCUCUGGUAUAAUUACAUAUAACACUUUUACUAAAUUGAGAGACAAACGUUUUCAGUAAAAAUAAUUAAUUGGAGUUUUCUCAUGAGUUACACAUCUCUGUGACAAUUUUUUUUAAAACAUUUUCUUAUGUUAUAUGCCAAACAUGCACACAUUUUUAAUGUGAUUGUUUUCUUACCAGUCAUUAUUUCUAGGAUAUAAUAUUUAUUUUGCUUUUCCUGUUCGUUGUAUUGUUUAUUGCACAUAUGGAAUGCUAUUUCAAGUCUUGAAUUGGUAAACAUCAACCUUUUCUUUGGUCUAUCCAAGCCCAUGGCAAUAGUAGCCUGUGAAAAUAUUCUAUUUGACAUAGAAAUGUUAAAAAGAUAGAACAUACAACAACAUGUUCUGUUUUACCCUUGGAUCUAUUGACAGUAUUUUUUUUACUGAAUUUACAGUUGUUAUUAAAGAUCUCUUUUAGGGACCCUAAACAAGCCAGCUUUAGCUGUUGCAUUCAUGAUUUCAUCUGUACAUAACAAGUAGUUUAUCUCUUGAACAGGAUUUUGACUAAAUUGUAUGCUGGGAAUUUAACUCAGGUUUUUAAGCUCACCUGAUUGCUCAGGUGAGCUUUUGUGACCAGUCUUUGUCCGUCCGUCCGUCCACAUUUGUUCGUAAACACUCUAGGAGCCACAUUUAUUUCCGAUCUUCUUGAAACUUGGUCAGAAGCUUUGCCACAAUGAAAUCUCGGUCGAGUUCGAAACUGGGUUGUGCUGGGUCAAAAACUAGGUCACUAGGUAAAACUUGUAAACACUGUAGAAGUCACAUUUCAUGCCCAAUCUUCAUGUAACUUUUUCAAAAUGUUUGUCUUAAUGAUAUGUUGGUUGAGUUCAAAAGUGGUUCCGGUCCGUUGAAAAACAUGGCCGCCAGUGGGCAGGGCAGUUUUCCUUAUUUGGCUAUAGAGAAACCUUGUAAACACUCUAGAAGUCACAAUUUUUGCUCAAUCAUCAUGAAAGUUGGUCAAAACAUUGGUUUUAUUGAUUUCUCGGAGAGUUCGAAAAUGGUCCAGAUCGGUGAAAAAACAUGGCUGCCAGUGGGCGGGGCAUUUUUCUCUAUAUGCAUAUUGUGAAAACAUGAAAUUUGGUCAGAACAUUUGUUUCCUUAAUGUGACAGUUGAGUUCAUAAAUGGUUCCGGUCCGUUGACAAACACGGUUGCCAGGGGGACGGGCAGUUUUCUUUAUAUUUAAAUAGUAAAAAGGCUUGAAAACAAUCAUGAAUUAAGGUCAUGUAACAUGCGAGACAACUCUUCUAAUAAUGCAUUUAAGUUUACAGAAGUUACUCCCCUUUGACUAUUAAUGUUUUCAUAAUAAUACAGAGGGCACAUUUCUUUUCCGAUCUAUAUGAAACUUGGUCAGAAGCUUUGUCCCAAUGAUAUCUCGGUCAAGUUCGAAACUGGGUCAUGCCGGGUCAAAAACUAGGUCUCUAGGUCAAAAAAAAGAAAAACCUUGUAAACACUGUAGAAGUCACAUUUCAUGCCAAAUCUUCAUGAAACUUUGUCAAAAUGUUUGUCUUUAUGAUGUGUUGGUUGAGUUCAAAAGUGGUUCUGGUCUGUUGAAAAACAUGGCCACCAGUGGACGGGGCGGUUUUUAUGCUCCUCCAAAAUUAAUUUUGGGGGGAGCAUAUAGUCGCCGCUUCAUCUGUCCGUCCGUCUGUGCACAAUUUUUGUCCAGGCUAUUUCUCAGCAACUUAUGGCCGGAAUUUAAUGAAACUUUAUGGGAAGCUUCACUACCAAGAGGAGAUGUGCAUAUUAUCAGAGGGUUCUGGUCGGAUGAUUUUUCACAGAGUUAUGGCCCUUUGAAAUUUUCCAUUAACUGUUCAUAUAGUGCAAUUCUUGUCCGCAAUCCGCAGUUUUUCUUAUUUGGCUAUAGAGAAACCUUGUAAACACACGAGAAGUCACAAUUUUUGCCCAAUCAUCAUGAAAGUUGGACAAAACAUUGGUUUUAUUGAUAUCUUGAAGAGUUAGAAAAUGGUCCAGAUCGGUGAAAAACAUGACCACCAGUGGGCGGGGCAUUUUUCUCUAUUUGUAUAUCGUGAAAACAUUUGAACACUCUAGAAGUCACAUUUUUGGCCCAAUUUUUAUGAAAUUUGGUCAGAACAUUUGUUUCCGUGAUACGAGAGUUGAGUUAAAAAAUGGUUUUGGUCAGUUGAAUAACAUGGCUGCCGGGGGGUGCAGUUUUCUUAUAUUUAUAUACUAAAAAACGCUUGUGAACACUAUAGAAGUCACAUUUUUUGCCCAAUCAUCAUGAAACUUGGUGAAAUAAUUGGUUUUAUAUAUAUAUAUCUCAGAUGAGUUUGCAAAUGGUCCCGAUCGGUCAAAAAACAUGGCUGCCAGGGGGGGGGGGCAGUUUUCCUUAUGUAACUAGAGAGAAACCUUGUGAUCGAACACUAUAGAAGUCUCAUUUUUUGCCUAAUAAUUUUGAAACUUAGUCAAUACAUUGGUUUUAUUGAUUUCUUGGACAAGUUGGAAAAUGGCUCAGAUAGGUGAAACCCACUUUUUAACUCACCUGAUUGCUCAGGUGAGGUUUUAGAAUUGGUCUUUGUCCGCCGUCUGUUCGUCCACAUUUGGUUUGUAAACACUCUAGCAUUCACACUUCUCAAGCAUUCUUUAUGAAAGUUGCUGAAAGAUCUCAGUCAAGUUUGAUAAUGAGCAAAAUCACAUAAUGUCAUAAUUAUUGCCCUUAGAUUGUCCAAAUUUUCAUUAUAUUAUACAAAAUCCUUGUAAACACUGUAGAGGUCACAAUUUUGUUUCAGAUGUUAUGAAUCUUGGUCAAAAUAUUUAUUUUUGUAAACAAAGUUUGAUGUUUGGUAGGUCAACUCAAAAUAUAGGUCACCAGGUAAAAUCUUACAAAAACACGCCAUGCGCCAGGGUUUUUGUUCAAUAAUGAUGAAACUUGACCAGGAUGUUUGUCUGGACAAUAUCUAGGUCAAGUUUGAUGUUUGGUAAAGAUUAAAUGAACCGACUCCUCUCAGGUGAGCGAACUAGGGCCUUAGAUCGAGUAUGAGAUCAUAAAAAAUGCAUAUUUAAAAAUCCUAAGAUCAAUUAUUGCUAACAAUAACAGACCCAAUAUAGUAAUAUUGGGUUUCAAGUAUUUUUUGUAUUAUUAACUGGAGUUUGUUAAAGAUGUCCUGACAAAUGAUACUCUGCAUUAGGUUAAAUAAAAUCUAUUUUAGUGUUCUGGCUGUUAAUGAUUUACUUGACAUACCAGCCAUGUCAUGUGAGAAUGGGUCUUAUACCAUGUGCAGCCAUUGUAGUUCUGGAAAAGCCUGAGCAUAUACGCAGUCUGGUCAUUAGCUAUCCUCUCAGCUAUUUAGUCCAUUAUACCUGGGUGAAUUUAAAGAGUACUGGGUUUUUCCAGACCAGACUGAAAUAAAAACAAGCAUGAUGCUGCUUAUACUGUGCAUGAAAUCAUUAUUUUAUUGUUAACCAUGCUACAGAAUUGUUAUAGUUGUAACAUUAUCAUGAUCAUGAAUAUACAACUUAUCUGUAUAGGAGUUAAGCAUACCUGCUGACCAUGGAUGAACUGAGAGAAAAUGUUGGUUUGACACUAUAACACUAUCACAGACAUUGCCAACAAUUUCGGUUUGCUUAUAAGUGCUGAAUUCUGUGAUAACAGAAAGCCUGAAACUAUCAUAUUGUAUAGUAUGACUGUACAAUUUUCACAAUGCAUGUCAGUUUGAAUGAGCUGUAAAGUGUGGGCAAUUUAUGUAUUUUUUAAUGUGAAAAUGAUGUUUCAUUCCAUGAAAAGACUGUGUAUUAAUCGUUAUUGAAAUACAUUGGUAUGUGGGAGCAUGUGCAUGUGUCAAUUAUUAUAAUUUGUCAAAAUUCAUGCAAAUUAGUAUAUUCCAAUUAUUUAUAUAUUGUAAAUAAAGUUAUUAAAUGCAAACAUUAUCGGUGCAUGACAAAGUGUCUCUAAUAUUACAACUAUUUUAUUAUGACCCCACAUUAUGGGGAUUGGUGGCAUACAGAUUUGCCCUUGUCAGUCUGUCCUUCCAUCCUUACAAUAUUUUUGUGUGGCCCGUAACUGUUAAUGUAUCAAUGCCAUCAGGAUGAAAUUUUGCAAAAAUAUUAAACAGCAUGUGAACUUGCAUACCUUUAUAUUUUGGUUUCAAUUUUGGAUAUUUUUUACAUAACCGUAUUUAUGAUCCUUUUUAGCAAAAAAUUACAUUGUUAUGCCCCCCUUCGAAGAAGAGGGGGUAUAUUGUUUUGCACAUGUCGGUUGGUCAGUCCGUCGGUCGGUCUGUCCACCAGAUGGUUUUAGGAUGAUAACUCAAGAACGCUUAGGCCUAGGAUCAUGAAACUUCAUAGGUACAUUGAUCUCGACUGGCAGAUGACCCCUAUUGAUUUUCAGGUCACCAGGUCAAAGGUCAAGGUCACAGUGACUCAAAAUAGUAAAAUUGUUUACAGAUGAUGACUCAAGAAUGCUUAUGCCUAGGAUCAUGAAACUUCAUAGGUACAUUGAUAAUGACUGGCAGAUGACCCCUAUUAAUUUUCAGGUUACUAGGUCAAAGGUCAAGGUCACAGUGACUCGAAACAGUAAAAUGGUUUCCGGAUAAUAACUCAAGAAUGCUUACGCCUAGGAUCUAGAAACUUCAUAGGUACAUUGAUCAUGACUGGCAGAUGACCCCUAUUGAUUUUCAGGUCACUAGGUCAAAGGUCAAGGUCACAGUGACUCGAAACAGUAAAAUGGUUUCCGGAUUAUAACUCAAGAAUGCUUACGCUUAGGAUCAUGAAACUUCAUAGGUACAUUGAUAAUGACUGGCAGAUGACCCCUAUAGAUUUUCAGGUCACUAGGUCAAAGGUCAAGGUCACAGUGACUCAAAACAGUAAAAUGGUUUCCUGAUGAUAACUCAAGAAUAAUUAGGCCUAGGAUCAUGAAACUUCAUAGGUACAUUGAUCAUGACUGGCAGAUGACCCCUAUUGAUUUUGCAGGUCAUUAGGUCAAAGGUCAAGGUCACAGUGACAAAAAACGUAUUCACACAAUGGCUGCCACUACAACUGACAGCCCAUAUGGGGGGCAUGCAUGUUUUACAAACAGCCCUCGUUUAACUUGUGUCAGGCAUUAAUCAAAAAGUAAGUUGUUACAGGGCAGAAACUUUACAAACAAAUUAACCGUGUUAACUUGAGCUCACCAUUUCGUUUAUUUGUGUGUAACAUAAUUGGAGAUUUCAGACAAAAGCGGAAUCUGGGGGCAUCUGUGUCCUACAUGUAUUGACACAUUUCUGAUGAAAUAUUGUGUACAUAGCUGACUUGCAUACAAUUUAUUUUAAUACUUCUAGAAAUGUCAAAAAUGUUAUAAUGUCAUGUUGAUAGUUUUAGAAAUGUCCUUGCUUUGAAAGAAGCAACUCUGAAGCAAUUAUUUUACAAUUAGUAGUAUGGUUUUUAACUUAUUUUGAAUAUAAAUGUUGGGGUUAUAGUAUUUUAGCAAAUUAUUAUGAUCACCAAACUGCAGAGUUACAACUGCUGGAACGUUCCUUCUUUCAAAACAAAGUAUAUUAUUUAUUUACUUUUACACCCUCUGUGUACAAUAAUUCAGAGUCAUCUUCAAUAAACUUGAUAUUGGUAUUUAA